CCCGAGGAGGCAGGACUUCCUGGUGUGGGGGUUGUCAACAGCCCAGAAAGAGAAAGACGGAGACGGAGCCGGAGCGGAGCGAGCCGAGCCGCGGAGAGACAGACCCAGCGGGGCCGCUCGGAAGCAGCCUUGGGAGGCCCUGUCGCCGAGACCAGCUGUCACCUGGAGCGGCUGGGGGGCUGAGCCGCCCCCACCAAGCCGUCGGGAGCCCCGGGGCUGCAGAGGCCCGGUGAGCAGGCACGGGGUCCGUCCCCUCUGCACAAAACUUUCCCGGAGAUGCCUCGCGGGGCGCAGCGCAGCCCCCGGAGAGCGCCGGGCGGCCUCUGAUCGCACUGCCCGGGGCCAGGGGGCCCCAGGAGGACAGCCCGACGUCUUAGUCGCUGGGACCCCGGCUGUGCUCGGCGGCCGAGGCCCGAGAGUUUGCAAACUCAGCUCUGGAGUUCGGCGAGGACAGCAGCAGGAAAAACCUGCCCCUGCCCCCCCCUCUCCCGCCACCUCCCCUCUCUGGUUCUCCCGUCACCAACCAGGCACCCCCACUUCCCACAAGGCCUCCUGCCAUGUCGGACCCAGACGUCCCCAGGGGCCCCGAUGCCCCCGCCAUGUGGCCCCCCUGUUCUAGGGGUGCCUGAACCCGCUCCGGGAGCCCCGCCCCGCCCCCAGCCCUGCCCAGUCCAGGACCCCUAAAGACCAUGAGUGGGGGCAAGAAGAAGAGCAGUUUCCAAAUCACCAGCGUCACCACGGACUACGAGGGCCCAGGGAGCCCAGGGGCUUCGGAUCCUCCUGCCCCACCGGCCCCCACUGGGCCGCCACCCCGCCUGCCCAACGGGGAGCCCAGCCCUGAUCCAGGGGGCAGGGGCACCCCCAGGAAUGGCUCCCCACCACCUGGUGCCCCCGCCUCCCGUUUCCGGGUGGUGAAGCUGCCCCACGGCUUGGGAGAGCCUUAUCGCCGAGGUCGUUGGACGUGUGUGGAUGUUUACGAGAGAGACCUGGAGCCCCCAAGCUUUGGCCGGCUCCUGGAAGGAAUUCGAGGGGCCUCAGGGGGCACUGGGGGCAGAUCUUUGGAUUCCAGGUUGGAGCUGACCAGCUUGGGCCUGGGCACCCCCAUCCCACAGCAAGGCCUGUCUCAGGGCCCCACCUCCUGGCUCCGCCCGCCCCCCAGCUCCCCUGGACCUCAGGCCCGCUCCUUCACAGGGGGACUGGGCCAGCUGGCCGUGCCUAGCAAGGCCAAGGUGGAGACACCCCUCCUGUCGGGCUCUCCGCCCCAGCAGCGCCCCCCAGAGCUCAGGACUGGGGAUAGCACGGGCUCCUCCCUGGCUGCCACGCCCCUGCCCUCCCUGAGGGUGGAAGUGGAGGCUGGGGGCUCAGCAGUGGGGACCCCGCCACUGUCCCGGAGGAAAGAUGGAACCGUUCGGCUGAGGAUGGAUUUGGUUGCUUCAGAGGAGACAGGGCAGGUGCACCCCCUUGACUCUCGCCCCAGCUCCCCAGCCCUCUACUUCGAUGCCAGCCUUGUUCACAAGUCUCCCGACCCCUUUGGCACGGCAGCGGCGCAGGGCUUCAGCCUGGCCCGCUCCAUGCUGGCUAUCAGCGGUCACCUGGACGCCGAUGACGAUAGCAGCUCCAGCAUGCUGAGUGGCAUCGACAACAAGAUCGAACAGGCCAUGGAUCUGGUGAAGUCCCACCUCAUGUUUGCCGUCCGGGAGGAGGUGGAGGUGCUGAAGGAGCAGAUCCGGGACCUGGCGGAGCGCAACGCUGCACUGGAGCAGGAGAAUGGCCUGCUGCGUGCCCUAGCCAGCCCGGAGCAGCUGGCCCAGCUGCCCUCCUCGGGGCUCCCCCGGCUCGGGCCUCCCCCACCCAACGGGCCCUCUGUCUGAGCCUCCCGUCCCUCACAAUGUGCCUUUGGGGGCUGCCAUGGCCGCCCGGCCUCGUGCCAGCUGUCUGCCCCCUCUUCCUAUGCAGCUUUAAUGCCCCCUGAUCCCAGGGAUGGGGACAGUGCAAGGCUCUGCAAUGGCCUGUCCCCCACCCUAGCCUGGUCACCCCUGUCCCCAGGCCUUGCAGGAGGAGGAAGGGCUCAGACAGUGUGGGGGAUGGAGUGCCCUCCGCGAGUGAUUCAUGCCAGCCCCCCUCCCUCCCUAGGCAUCGGUGUUCUGGGCCCCCAGCAGUAGGUGCUUGGGGAGGAGGCCGCUGGAGGCUUCCUGGCAGACCCCACCCUGACCCUGUUCUCCCCAAGUGUCCCCUCUCUGCUGCCCAGGGGAGGGAUAUGGACAGUAUCUGGAAGUUCUGGGAUUCAGGUUGUUCUUAAAAUAAUAAUUAAAAAUCUGAAGAAACUUGAA